AUGGAUUUUGAUGAUAUAGCGUUGAAUCACUUUGAUGGGCUGAAGAAAGAAUGGGUAGAACUGUGUUCCAGAUCUGCUAGGGGCAUCUGCGGACUGGCCAACAAGUACCGCAACCGAGAUGGUUGCUUGCUUCGGUCAAUGCACAGCGGAUCGUUCAACUUUAGUUUGCGUCUACACUGGGAGGAUGACGGCGAUGACUGGCUGAUUCGGUUUCCGCUUCCAGGGAAAUCCAUGUUCCCGGAAGAGAAAGUUCGCGGAGAAGCCAUACUUAUGACAUAUAUCGCAGACAACACGACAAUUCCCGUUCCCCGAGUAAUUGCCUCCGGGACAGCAGAUGAGAAUCCUACAGGUCUGGGUCCCUUCAUUAUCAUGACCUGGAUCGAAGGGAGGAAGAUGUCGGAACUACUCCGGACAAGUGAUUCAUCCGACAAGGAGGAAACCCUCAACCCAGAUAUCGACGAGGAGACGCUCAAGGCCCUGUACGGGCAAAUGGCACAGGUCCUGCUGAAACUGUGGAAACUCGACUUCGAUUGCAUUGGUAGCCUGAGUAACAACGAAGUGACUGGCAAGCCGCAAGUGACCAAACGGCCCCUAACCCUCGCUAUGAACGAGCUGGUCCGGACAUGCGGGCUGACUGAUCUUGAUCCACCGAGAACCUAUAACAGCUCCACAGACUACAUCGUCUCGCUUCUCGAGUUGCAGUCAAAGCAUCUUCAGCAACAAAGAAACAGUAUCUACGAUUCCGCAGACUGUCGCGAGAAAUACGCUAGUCGUCAUUUGAUGAAGGCGUCAGCAUUGAAUUUUCUGCCCCCUGAAGAUAAUUAUGGACCCUUCAAACUAUUCUGCGAUGAUCUAUGCCCUGGCAACGUUCUGGUCAAUGACUCCCUUCAGAUCACCGGCAUUAUUGAUUGGGAAUUCUGUUAUGCGGCCCCGGCCCAAUUUGCCGGCAGUAUCCCGUGGUGGCUACUUCUGGAGCGACCACAUCGAAUCAUCUACAAUUUUGGCGUGAAGGCGUUCUUUGAGGAUCUUUUACCGAAAGCAUACCUCUUCUUGCACGUGGUUCAAUAUGGCAUGUCGCAUGGUACCGUCAGUCGAUAUGAUAUACUGGGACUUAUUAGAUGA